UGUCCGCGCAUGGCGAAGCAGUGCAGUGGAGAAAACGUGCUGCGCUAAUCCUUCUUGGCAGUGCUUUUAGAAACAAAUGUUACGCACGUUUAAGCACCUCUGACUUUCUGACGCCUCGUCUGGUAUACUCCAUACACUAUAUCUAGAAAAAUAGAGUAGGAGACCGUCGUAGGUUUGCAACGAUGGGCCUCACUGCAUCGCACCCGAGAGAAGUAACUGGGCCUCUUGGGUCCGCCACCGUCCACACUCGCUCUGAAUCACCUGAGCAGCCCCAGCCGUCGCCACCGUCCGAGUGCCCUAUGCAUGGCCUCUGCGAUGAGAUCACAGGCCAGUCGGCAAAGGACAAGCCACAGCAGCAGCCUUACCGGAGCGAGUGCCCAAUGAAUGCAGCAGCCUCAGGCGAAGACAUCAACCCAGCCAACAUGAUGCCAAGCCCCAACCAGCAGCCAGCGGCGGACCAGCCAUUCCCGCUGCCAACUGAGCGACAGCGGUCGCGCAUCCCCAAGGCUGGCGCGGCGGAGGGCGAGACGUGGGAGUAUCCAUCGCAGCAGAUGUUCUGGAACGCCAUGCUGCGAAAGGGCUGGAGGUGGCGCGAGGCUGACCUGAAACCCGAGGACAUGGCGCACAUCAUCCGCAUCCACAACGCCAACAACGACCACGCCUGGGAGGAAGUCCUUAAGUGGGAGGCACUUCACGCUAAGGAGUGCUGCACACCCCGACUCAAGAGGUUUGGAGGCAAGGCCACUGACUACUCACCUCGUGCUCGAAUACGUAGCUGGCUUGGGUACGAGCUUCCAUUUGACAGGCACGACUGGAUCGUCGACCGGUGUGGCAAAGAAGUCCGUUACGUCAUUGACUACUACGACGGUGGGCCAGUGAACGCGGAGUCGAGCCGGUUUGCGCUCCUUGAUGUUCGACCGGCUUUCGACUCCUUCGAGAACGUCUGGGACCGCAUGAAGGUGGCAUGGUGGCGAUGGACGGUAGCAAGCAAGCAGGAAUCCGGCUCCGAGGUGGUUGCAAGCCAACAAGAUGCUGCGGCUAGCCAAUAGGACUCACAGUGUAGAAUCUUCAGCAAUCUUUUGUAGGCACAUAUGUUGGAGGUAGGCGUGCAUGUAGCUGUGGGUGUGCAGUGAAACUUCCACUUCCUAGGAUUGCAACGUGUCAUAAUGAGCACGCCUACUUGAAUUAUGCGGUUGAUAUAGACGGCCAUCAAGUGGACUUUAUUGCACCUCCUAUUGGUUUGUGCAUCAGAGACUGGCAUGGUCUAGUAUUCACUGAUGCAUGCUAUCUGGGUGCUGGUUAUUCCACGAAAAUCAUGAUCCGUGUCAAAAAUUUUCCAUGCCUUUUUCUAUAUUGUUUUUUAUAUGUCUAGCUGGUCUCCCUGGUUGGAGCACCCAAAGUGAGUCUUGUAUUGGAAGCUGACCUUGUGAAAUUCACUUUGCUGAAACGUGGAACAGGUGUGGUUGCCAGUUAGGAUAAUAAACAGGGCAGGAUGGGUCAGCCAUCUUGAUGAAACUUACCGGUGUGAAAUACCGGUGUAAAUACCGGUGUACUUUCCGGUGAAGUCUGGGCUGCGACGCAUCAUGAUUGAAAGACAAAGGACUGGUGGACAAGUGCUCGGACAUAGAAGCAGGCAGGACAUUUGCUCGCCUUGUGUGUUGCUCUAGCCGUGAACUGUUCUCCCGAUGCUUAGGUUCAAUGUUUAGGCUGUUGAUGGCCAUUUGGCCCGCCCUUUCUUCAUGUAUGCCUAUUUGCUGUAGCACAUUCUGCGUUGUUCUUACCAGAAACUUCACAUUGCACUUGUAUUUUCUUGCUGGCUGAGGUGUGAUAUGAGAGCUGCCUUGGAAGAAUUCAGAGCGCAAGCCAUCGCAUAUCAUGUCUGAAACAUUCAUAAGCAGAAGACUUAGACAAACAAGAAUAGGCAUCUCCAGCUGGAAGGAGACCUUACACAGUCAGUGGGGCGCAUGUGCAUCGUACAAAUGGACAGAUGAAUGCCAUGUUAUGGUCACAACAUUAAUCCCACAAAUGCAAAUUCAGUGGCAUACGAGGAAACUCGAGUAUGGCUGAUAGUUUUCACCAUACUUCUUGACAUGUAAUGCUUUCAGGGUCUUCCUUGGUUUUUUUUUUUUUUUUUUUUUUUCGGUAUCACUACCUACUACCCACAGUUCUAACAACCCUAAAUUGCUGCUCCCACCUGCAGUCACAAUCAUGCGUCACCAAAUGUGCACCGUCAAUCUCUUAAAUUUUGUUUGCUCGCUUAUUUGGUCUCUCAUGCAACACGACUGGCUUAUGCCACGUCACCAAGAAAUUUGAUACGCCACUUCUGCCUGAUCUGCUUUGAUUGGCAUUAAACCACGAACUUGCGCUACAAGUUUUGUGAGAAUAUGAGCAGCUCCUGUCACAACGCUCAGGGCCUUAGAAUAAUGCGAAGCUGUUGCACCCGAGAGUAGGCGCCUGUGCUGAGUAGCAGCUACUACUGUGUGUUGUGUCGUGGUGCGCUUUCGGCAUUGGGGCAGUCCCGAAGCAGGUGAAAUGAUUUGUGUCGAGGCAUAACCAGUUUACUAACCAUGAGUUAUGUCAAGGCAUAGCAGACAAGCAGAAAACUUUGAAUAGCACGAAUUGAGACGCAACGCAAUGUUUGUGGAUAGCAGCGACUUUUUCAGCAACACUGCUGCUGGAAAAGACUCUGCUAUCUACAAACAUUGUGUUGUGUCUUAAUUCGUGCUAUUCAACGUUUUCUGCUUGUCUGCUAUGCCUUGACAUAACUCAUGGUUAGUAAACUGGUUAUGUAUCCUAUAACAGUUAAUCUUCGAGGCAAAUUUUUCAAAGAUGUGUACUGUACUCCCCUACCAUGCUGUGUCCGCAUGAGCGUUUUACGAGUAUCAGAGUUCACAGGUUAGCAGGCAAGCAAAAGUUUUUUUGAGCAUUGUGUUAAAGGAAAGAAAGGAAAAUAUUAUCGCCACAAACACACGCACCUGAGUAGUUAAAAAGGAACAUGCUGUAGAUACACAAUGGAAUCUUGAUACAAUCGUCACGGGAACUGGAAAAUAAAGCGUAUCAUCCGAAAAUCGUAUUAUCCCAAAAAACGUGUUAUGCAUAAUCGUAUCAAUGAGAUUCCACUGUAUACGUUUCAUGACUACCGAUAAUUUUUUAUCACAUGACCCCAACAAUUUUUAUUCAUUCGUUAAAGGUGCAGUGCAUGCUUCCCCUUGUGUCUAUUUCAACAUGAUCCGAAAUUUCAAGGCUGAGUAGUGAAGCCGCAAAGGACAUUUUAGUUCAUCUCAACCUCCGUACUCCAAAAAUGUUUGCAUUUGUGUCUGCUUUAAAUGGUGGUGCAUUCCAAAGGUGGCAUGCCCUACUGCAACGAAGGGUAUGAAAAGAUCAUUGACCAAGAAUGAGAGCCCACUUUCUUGUUUCCCCACCGUAAACACCUUUAGUACAUCCUGUGAGUUUUACCUGGUGAACCCAUUGUGCAAGAGCAAUGAAGUGCAUUGGCAUUGUGCUCUUUGGCUCAAAGAUCCCUUGUCUAGGUUCUUUGCGUUAAAGCUCGUUCAUUGUUAUUCUUUUUUUCUUGUGUGUGUGGUUCGCACCACCACAGCACCUAAUCAGAGCCUGUUUAAGGUAGUGGAAAUUGAUAAUUGCGGAAAGUUUGGCAAGAUAUUGUGUGCCACAACUAAUCUCCUUGUGUGGCUUGUACUGAAGUUUACUCGAAAUUGACGUCUUCUCAAUUUUAACUUAGGAGGGUGUAGACAUUUGGUAUUGCAGUGAUGGCUGCCGUACAUGCGAAGCAAUUGCACCAGCUUUGCUGUUUUCCUGGCCUCAUCACGAAGUAGCUAUUUUUUAACGAAGCACAUCUCUCCACUUGCCACUUCUCCACCUAGCACCCCUAAAUUUAUCUAUUGGCACCGUGAUAUUUUGUAAUGUAAAUUAUGUUGCAUCUCUUUAGGCUUGUGCUACACUGGUAAAUGUUCAUAAUCUUUAAUUCUGAUGUGGUUCACUAUUCGAUAACUACUUCUAGUCAAUCAGGAGUGUUCUUGCUCAAUUCGGAAGCAUUAAAGAAACAGUUGUGUUCACUCAA